CCUAGACCCAGACAUGUUGAGAGUGAUGGAGGGCGAGAUCAGAAAGGCUUUGGUAGGCGUUUUGGGGCGUGUAUCAGAGGCUUCUAAGGCCAGGACCCCCGAACUUGCUGCGUUAUGUCCUGAGCCACGAAUGGUUGCAGUGAGCAAGACCAAGCCCAAAGAGAUGAUCCUGGAGGCUUACGGUGCCGGUCAGCGACACUUUGGGGAAAACUAUGUACAGGAACUGGUGGAAAAAGCCCAUGACCAGCAGUUAUUGGAUGAGUGUCCGGAGAUCAGAUGGCAUAUGAUUGGCCCUCUGCAGAGAAACAAAGUGAAAAAAGUUGUAGAAAUCCCACACCUCUACUGCAUCGAGACAGUGCACAGUGCAAAGCUCGCCACCGCCAUCAACAAUGCUGUGGAUAAGGCCGGAAAGGAAGAAAAACUGAAGGUGUUCGUACAAGUUAACACGAGUGACGAGGAAAACAAGAGUGGCGUUCAUCCCGACGAGGCGGUGGGCUUGGUACGCCACAUCCAAGAGAGCUGCCCCAACCUGGCCCUGGCUGGCAUCAUGACCAUUGGCGCCUUUGACCAUGACCUCUCCCAGGGACCCAACCCAGACUUCCAGAGGUUACUAAAGUGCAGAGCCUCAGUUUGCGAGCAGUGUUGUCUGGAGCCCAAGGACGUUGAGCUGUCCAUGGGCAUGUCCAACGACUUUGAACAUGCGAUCCUAGUUGGGAGUACGAAUGUGAGAGUUGGCAGCACAAUUUUCGGGGCAAGAGCCGUGAAAAAAUAAACAAGAAGAAUUUAGCUCCUUACAAAUUUAUUAGCUACUAGGAUAUCGUAAGUAUUUUCUUCCUGUGACAUUGCUAGUCAGUGAUGUUUGUGAUGUACAGUAGGAUCUCUGUUUUGGAGAUUAAUUGGUUUAGUAAAGAGCAGAGCUAAAAUGAAAACAAGAAUGGUGACAAUAUUUUCGUGUAAAGAGUUCUAAUUAGCUCUGGGCCAUCACUGUUCUUCCUGUUGUAUAAAUAAGUUCAGAAUUGAGUUUAUAUCUGUGACUGUAUGAAAAUAAUGAUAAACAAUUGCCAUUUUUAUAUAAGUUAUUAAGGUUAGGACUCCAGUGAGUGGAGUAAUGUACUUGUAGCCAGGAUGGGUCUUAACCCGGUAGCUUCCUCCCACCAGCAGCUUGAAUGUCUCUUGGAUGUGUACCGCCUGCCUCUUGCCAACACUCCCAUCAGACGUGCUGUGUAAAAUGUUCUUAUCUACCUCUGUCUUAGUUAUGCGUCAUCAUGAAGAGGCAACAGGCACAGACUAUGAUGGCUUUACAGCUGCUGCAUUCCUCUCACUCGUGUAUCUGGGCUCUAGGGUAAUUUUUAUGGGAAAUAUGGGUUUUUAAUAUCAUACAAGCUGAGAGAUGGGUACAGCAAGACCUCAUCUGUAUAAUGUAAUUGCUCAUAUGGAAAUAGUAAUGUAUGUAUGUUUAUGUGUAAAGUUUAUGGAUGUAUGUAUGUGUAAUAACCAUGUGUGUGUAUCAGAACUAAUUGGGCCAAAGGCAGGUCGGAUAUGCAGUUUUUAGAUACACUCGUACUGACCCACUCGCUGGCGCCCUCCCCCUUCUCACUGCCUAUGCCUUUUCAACCCCAACCAAUGCUCCUGCACCCCAUCCUGUCAGUGCCCUCAACAUCAUCGCCAUAUAUUCCUGUCACUGCUGCCUCCUUGCCUUCAUCAAUGUCAGCUCUACUGCCACCUGUCAACAUUACUACCAGAAAACAGCUGCUACUUGGCGUCAACCCGCUCAGUCGCACCAACAGCAUUGCCACCUUCACCUUGGUCCUUGUCAUCGGUCACCAUCGCCAACUACCCAACCAGUGCCUCCACCCUCGUCGUCAGUCCCCAUCGCUGCCACUGCCCUCACCAUGUCACCUUCACCACCAUCGCCACCUCUGCACCCAUUACGACCACCCCCAUCAGAAUCAACAGGGAGAACAGUGCUGCUGCUUCAUCCCUCAACAUCGUCCUUGCCACCACACCCACUGCUGCACCUGUUGUCACCUCCACCAGCACUGCUAUUGCCACUGUUAGUACUUAGUUGACUCACUGCCCUAUCCACACAACAAACAGUAAAGGGAUGCAACAGACCGACAGUGGCAGUCAUUGGGUGAGUUAUAAACAAAUGUAAAACUUUGACUCCUCACCUGCCGUCAGCCCCACAACAGCUGACAUGGUACUUGUGUUGAUUUGAUUACCUUACCUUACUGAGACUGCAAAACACGAGUACUUUUUGUGAUUUUUCAUCAAUACUUUAUUCACUUAGCCUUUUACUACACCAACAAUUUAUGACCUUCCAGGGACCGUUCUGACAACAGGGACGUGUGAGUACCAGUUACCUCUACCCGUAGGAUUACCCCAAACCAUGACCUUCACAGUACAGUGUGCCGGGUGUUUGAAGCAGGUUUGGGGGUAAAAAAUGUGAGUAUUUCACAAUGCUACUUACCCUGAACUUGUUUUCAGCAUCAGAUGUAGUAGGUUCUCCAUUUGGCGAACAAUAAGUACUUGUAUAAAACACCCAGAGGUGUUUAUAAACUUACCAUCAUGUUUCUUCCAGUUAGGCAUAGGACUUGCUUCACAUGUGAUUAAAAAAUUGCAUUGAAAGAUGGCUGCCGUCUUCAGAGUGAAAUUUUUGGCAAAACAAAAAUAUUAUUCCCUGCCUUGCUUAUAGCCAGGCAGGGAAUAAUAUUUUUGUUUUUGUUAGUCUUAGAGCAGACCAUGUGUGCUUCCACUCAUACCCCAAUGUCCUGCUCUACACAGAGGUGCUCCAACCCUUCUCUUAAAGUCUGAUCAAAUUUGAUUAUAUGAAUGAUGGCGGCCAUCUUCUAAAUAUGAUUUUUGGCUAAUAUGCCGGGCAGCUUGUACUUACUGGAAUGUGAGGUUUCGAUUUUAUUUUAUUAUUGUUACUCUUUCUUCUUAUUAGUAGCAGUUGUAGUAGUAGAAGUAUUAGUGGCAGCAGUAGUAGUUGGAGUAGUUGUAGUGGCAGUAGAAGUAGUAAGUGUUUUCGGUCAGUUAGUAUGUUAGCGGGAUUAUGCAAAAAUGACCUGCCCUAUUUUCACAAAACAUGUUGGGAAGGUGUAGCACGGCUGGAUUCCUCAGCUUUGGCAGAGGCUUGCAGUCUCUAAAAACUCACUGUAAUGUAUUAAUGAUAUGUUGAACUUUAUAUAAACUAUUCAGUGUGUGCUUGCUACCCGGCACCAGAAUCAAACAAAUGCACUGGCGCCAUUGCUCGCUUUGCCACCCAAGGGUCUGUGUGGAGGAAGGCAACCCACCCUGAGUAGUAAUCAUCUUGUGUUAUUGACACGAGUCACCUUCCUUGACCAGCUAACCACAACAGAGCUGGGUCGGGGAAACAGCAGGGAGGGUUCCUCCUUCACUCUAUCAAACAGCAUUCCUCAGUACCUCACCUGCCCCACCUCCUGUUAGAUCCCAUUUCCCUUAUUACCAGCCUCCUUUUUAUUUCCCUCCGCUUUACCUCCGCCAAACUAGAGGGAGAGAAGGUAGGAAGGAGGGCAGGAGGAAGGGUUGCCUCCCUCCUUACAGUAAGACUCUUGAGUGGUGAGGCGGCCAAUAACGUUGUUCAGGGUGGUAAGCAACAUUCAUUAUAACUGUUCGGUGUGUGAGAACAAGUAUAUAGAGCUUAAAAACGUUCCUUCAUGACAAUAAUCAGGCUAAUGUCAUUUUAUAGUUAUAUUUAUUUUGGGCACAGCAGGAUCUUAAUACUGAUUACAAUCACAAUGAAUACCUUCUUUUUAUUGCACAGUAAAGCUCUUGCAAUGUAAAGUUUGUUCUGAGGCUUGAGGAUAAUUGUGAAAAUU